AUGGGACCUCGAUCCAUUUAUAAAGGUACUGGAGUACCAACUUCUACUACUGCUAUAAGUACUAGUACUACUACACCACGUUCAAAUGCAGCAACUAUUCUUGUUAAUUUAGAUGUGUUUAUCCAUCGCGCUAAUAUUGGUCAUGACAUUAGUCCAAAUGAUCACGAGUUGAUUGUACUCUUUCGACGUAAUAGUAAAGAAGUUAUCUCUGAACCAACACAAUGGACUUUUGAUCAUUGUGCAAUCUGGAAUCAACAUUUAAAUAUCCAAACGUCAUUACUUGGACAGAAGAAAGCCGGACAAAGUGGGGCAAGAACUUCUACUUUUCUGAAAAAAGAAUAUGAAAUUAUACUUGUCGCGCUACCCAGCCAUUCUGCUGUUGCCCUUUUUUCCGUGGAUUUUGCUACACUUGUUCAGCUUCAUGCUAGUCCACAAGACCGACACAAAUUGUUUCGUAUCUCGCCACUUAAGUGUCGAGAUUUGGCGGCGACGCUCGAGCUUGACAUUACGUGGGAUCUUGUUCAAGCACCUGGAAAUUUGCAUGUUAAUGCUGCAGUUGAUUCCGAGACUAAUUUACAAGCAGGAUCUGCUGGGUUAGCGAAACUUCCGCCACCAUCAAUUCUGCUGAAUAAGAAUUCUCACGCUUUGAAGCCACAGACGUCUACGACCCAGACACCACGCUCUCGAGAGAUAAACAAGUCUCGACGAAGCGCAAAUGAAUCAACAUUAGUGUCGACACGACGAACGACUGCCAGUCUUAGCUCAAAUGGCAGCGAGCGAGAUUUGCUGGAAGAACUGUCCGUUUCCAAUUGCAGCAAUUGCCGGUCUGCUAAGCGGCGACUUGAUCGCAAAGAGGUGCAAGUGAUGCAGCUCGAGUCGUUCUUGAAGGAGUCUCAGAAGCGCAUUGACGCACAGUCUACAGAGAAUGAGGAGCUAAUGAUUCGAGAAAAGGCUGAGACUCGUAACGCAGUACAUCAGCGUGCACUGACCUUGCGUUUGUUACAGGAGUUAGAGACGGCUGUGCACUUAUGCAACAAUGAGAUGCAGGUUCAGGACACAACAUUGCUGCCGCAGGUGGAGCUUAUUGAACGAGUCAAGAAGUUUCACGAGGAGAUGGACUCACUACUACAUUGUCACUCAGAGCACUCGGAGCGUUUGAAGAGUUCGCACUUAUCACAGACGCCACAGAGGUCACAGACCACCUUUGACUUUCGAGCUGAAACGGAGGCGGCGUUGCGACGCAAUCAGCGACUGCAGGAACACUUGGAAUUUCUGGGUCGUUUAAUGGAGUAUGAUAGUGACGCAGGCGAGGAUAGUACUCGGACUUAUCGUGCGGCCACUGACACCUCAGGCACCACUAUUUCGUCGGUCCGCAGUGGCAGCGUCACGGUGGAUCGUGAAGAGCGACCUGUUGCUUUUACCAUGACACAACAGCUCCAUAAUCUCGAACGGGAGAAUUUUAAGCUGCGGUCUGAGCUUGAGGGCGUACUGGCUAAUGCUUCCAGUGCUUUAAAGAAACAUUUGGGUGGCUUCUCUUCGCGCAUGACAAAAGGUCUGUCGCUUAACGCAGAGGUCUCGGAGACUACGAGUUCUUCUAGUCGUGAAGACAUUGAGGAGUCUGAGAACGAGAAUGCGGCGCAACUUAGUCAAAUCCGAGAGCAGCACAAGUUUGAAGCUGAACGCUCUGCCGCACUUGCGUCGGAACUGGAGCAGGCAAAAAAUGACAUCAAAAAGUUGAAAGACCAAGUUGAAGUUGCACAGAACGAAAGUGCAUCAAAGUCAGACCGGGAGCAGCCUUUACAGGCGCCUGGCUUUUUAGAUAAGAUUUAUGCUGAUGUUGGCAAGGCUAAAUUGGUGCUUGAGGACCGUGUGAAGCAACUCGAUGAAUUGCUGGCUAAUGCUACCAAAGAAAACGAUCGUCUUCGCAACGAGAUCGAGGAUUUCGAGCAGCAAGAGAGUGAUAGGCACAACGAAGCAAUAGCAGUCAAACCUGACGCACGCAUUACUGAGCUUGAAGAAUUAUUGAAGGUGCGGGAGAAGGAGCUGGAGACGAAUGGGGAAGAACUUGUGAAGACGAAAAGACAGCUUGAAAACGCUGUGAAUCGUGCUCGUGCGGGUGAUAGUGUAAAGUUGGAGCUAGAGACUGAACUCGCCGCUGUCCGUCUUUCUCUAAAGGUGGCACAGGAAGCUACUACGCAGCUUGAACAUCGGAUGGCUGUGUUGUCUUCCAGUGCUGCUCCUGCAAGUACAACGUCUCAUUACUCGCCUUCAAGUGACGCUACGGUUCAUGGUGAAUUGGCUGAUGUGCAGAAACAGCUGAAGCUUUCGAAGCAGGAGGUAAUGCAGCUUCGUUUUCGCAGUAAUCAGCUUGAGAGUGUGAAUGAGCGUCUAGAAGAGACGCUCAAGGAGAAGCGAACACUAGAAGUGAAGCUGACUGCGCUCGAGGGUCAGCUCUUUGAACAGCGAAAUCGGACUAUUACCACGGACAACAACAGCUUUUCGCAGGACGUCAAGAACUCUACGAUGCUGACCGAAAUACAGCGUGAGCUCGACACUAAAUCUGCUCAGCUGACAGUUGCUGAGCGUGAAAUUGAGCAUUUGCGGUUGCAAUGCAGUGAACAACGUGGUAUGAAUUUUAUUUCUGGCAACACUGAGGAUGUAAUUGACAAAGUAAAGCGCUUUGAGAACGAGAUUGGGCGUCUUUGUGAGCGCAAUGACGAGCAAGCCAGACGACUAGAGAAGCUCGCACGUCGGGUGACAGUCGCCGUUCGUGAACGAGAUGAACUUGAGAUGAUUGUGGAGCAAAUGGUGACGGAGAUGGCGCUUUUGAAUAAAGAGGUGAAAGUUUCGACUGGAGUUCGUAAGGACCGAACGCCGUCAAUUUUAGAGGACGAGGAGAUGGAGGAGAAAAAAGUGAUGCUGGAUAGGGACUUGUCUUCUCAGACGGUGGGACAAAGUGGUACAACAAUCAUUGAUCGCUAUGCAAAUGCAGUAGCUUCAACGUCCUUGUCUCAUAUUCCAUCAUCUUCUACUCCGGACGUCUCCAGCAGUAAAGUGGCUGAGCUUGUGAAGAAUUAUUCCAUUCAUGAUGAGAAUUCCGAUGGUGUCAAGUUUUAUAAAGGACUGACAAAAUUGCAAUUGGAAUCGCGUCAUCGUAAUAUUUCAUCCACGAGUUCAUAA